AUGUACGCGACGCGAGCGAUCGCGCGGAGACUCGAACGACACGCGGCGCGAUGUAAAGGCGCACACGUCGCGCGCGCGGUGCGAGGGGCGAGAGCGCGAACGACGUCCGCGCCGAGGGCGCUGUUGGACGCGCUCGGGGCGGGGAGGGGCGACGCGGACGCGUUCGGGACGAGGACGAGACGGACGAGGAAUGCGUUCGUGUCGAGCGUCGACGGCGAUGGGUCGACGGGAUCGACGGGAUCGUCGUCGUCGUCGUCGUCGAGCGCGUUCGGUGAUUCGGCGUCGUCGGGGGGGAUCAUGGUGAGCGCGUCGCACCCGAGUUCGCACCCGCAAGUGCUCGCGGUGCCUUUGCCGAGGCGGCCGCUCAUGCCGGGGAUCAUCAUGCCGGUCAAAGUGACGGACGAAAAGCUCAUAGCCGAGCUUGAGGACAUGCGAAAUCGUGGUCAAGCGUACGUGGGGGCGUUCUUGCAGCGAACGGACGCCGCGUCGUCGGCGUCCAAGGGGGAGGGCGAAGACGUCUUCGACGCGCUCUCGGCGAUGAAGCGCACGACGACGUCGGUGGGUUUAGACGGCGAGGAAAUGGUAGACGAAGACGAGGUUGAUCCCGCGGAUCACAUGCACGACAUAGGUACGUUUGCGCAGGUGCAUAACAUCGUGCGCCUGCCGACGGAUUCGACCACGGGUGAAGAAUCGGCGACGCUGUUGCUCCUCGGCCACCGGCGUUUGCGAAAGCUCGGGACGAUGAAGCGGGAUCCGAUGGUGGUCAAGGUGGAACACCUCAAGGAUGAGAAAUUCGACGCCAACGAUGACAUCAUUAAAGCCACGACGAAUGAGGUGGUGGCGACGAUCAAAGAUUUGCUCAAGACGAAUCCUUUGCACAAGGAGACCCUGCAGUAUUUCGCUCAAAAUUUCAACGACUUUCAAGAUCCGCCAAAGCUCGCGGAUUUGGGGGCGUCGAUGUGCAGUGCCGACGACGCGCAGUUGCAACACGUGUUGGAGCUAUUAUCGGUGAAAGAACGCCUCGACGCGACGCUCGAGUUGUUGAAGAAGGAGGUGGAAAUCGGCAAGCUCCAAGCCGACAUCGGGAAAAAAGUUGAGGAGAAAAUUUCAGGCGACCAGAGGCGUUACUUUUUGAUGGAGCAGUUGAAAUCGAUCAAGAAAGAGCUCGGUAUGGAGCGUGACGACAAAACCGCGCUCAUCGAAAAGUUUACGAAACGUUUCGAGCCCAAGCGCGCGAGCGUGCCGGAAGACACCGCCAAGGUUAUCGAUGAAGAGCUUCAAAAGCUCGGCGGCCUCGAACCGUCGUCGAGCGAAUUCAACGUCACUCGCAACUAUCUCGAGUGGCUCACGUCACUGCCGUGGGGCGUGUGCGGCGACGAAAAAUUGGACAUAUCUCACGCACAAGAAGUGUUAGAUAGCGAUCAUUACGGCCUGGAGGACGUCAAAGAUCGCAUCUUGGAAUUCAUCGCCGUCGGGCAACUUUUGGGGACGACGCAAGGAAAAAUCAUCACCAUGGUCGGUCCGCCUGGGGUGGGGAAGACAUCCAUCGGGCAAUCGAUCGCCAAGGCGCUCGGGCGUAAAUUCUAUCGCUUUUCCGUCGGCGGUAUGAGCGACGUGGCGGAGAUCAAGGGCCAUCGACGGACGUACGUUGGCGCGAUGCCGGGCAAGCUGAUUCAGUGCUUGAAAUCCACGGGUGUGUGCAAUCCAGUGGUUUUGAUUGACGAAAUCGACAAGCUCGGACGCGGUUAUCAGGGCGAUCCCGCGAGCGCGCUGCUCGAACUACUCGAUCCCGAGCAAAACGGCACGUUUCUUGAUCACUACCUCGACGUCCCCGUCGACUUGAGCAAGGUUUUAUUCGUGUGCACCGCCAACGUGCUCGACACGAUUCCCGGGCCUUUGCUCGAUCGCAUGGAAGUCGUGCGGUUGUCUGGAUACAUCACCGACGAAAAAGUGCAAAUCGCUCGAACGUAUUUGGAGAAAGCGGCGCGAGAAAAGAGUGGGCUGUCCGACGUCGACGCGAGCAUCACCGACGCGGCGAUGGGGAAACUCAUCGGCGACUACUGCCGCGAAGCCGGCGUGCGGAACUUGCAAAAGCAUCUCGAAAAGGUCUAUCGCAAGAUUGCCCUCAAGGUGGCUCGGGCGAAGAGUGCGGACGAAAAGCUCGACUCUAUCGUCGUCGAUGUCGAUGACUUGGUCGAUUACGUCGGUCAACCACCGUUCGCGACCGACCGAAUCUACGACGUCACCCCGCCCGGAGUCGUCACCGGCUUGGCUUGGACGGCGAUGGGCGGAUCCACGCUUUACAUCGAGUGCACGGCUAUCGAUUCCGGCGACGGCAAGGGCGCGUUAAAGACGACCGGUCAACUCGGCGACGUCAUGAAGGAAUCGAGCACGAUUGCGCACACGUUCACGCGAGGGUUUUUGGAAUUGAAGGAUCCCGGCAACAAGUAUCUCGCCGACACGUCGCUUCACGUUCACGUCCCCGCCGGGGCGACGCCGAAAGAUGGACCGUCGGCGGGAAUCACGAUCACGACGAGCCUGUUAUCGCUCGCCAUGAACAAACCGGUAAAGCCUAAUUUAGCCAUGACGGGCGAGCUCACGCUCACCGGUAGGGUGUUACCGAUCGGCGGCGUCAAGGAGAAGACGAUCGCCGCGCGUCGAAGCGGGGUGAAAACCAUCAUUUUCCCCGAAGGAAACAAGAAGGAUUACGACGAGCUUUCCGAAGACAUUCGUGAAGGUUUGGACGCACACUUUGUCUCGACGUACGACGAAGUCUAUCGCCAAGCGCUCGAUUGGGAAGCGUCUUCGUGA